AUGCCGAGCAAGCAACGUACUUUCGAACUGGUGGAUGCGCCAAAAGUCCAUCGACCAAUGACCAGUAAGCAAGCAAAAAAAGCAUAUCAAAAAGCAAAUCGAACGCCACGAAUAACGAAAGCCGAACAAAAGCGACGAGACGCCGAAGAACUGGCGAAGCACAGGAAAGCAUAUGAAAAGGAACAAGCAGCUGCGAAAGCCAAAGCGGCGAGAGAUAAAAAAGCUGCGAAAGCAUUAGAACAGAAAGAAGAAAGGAAGAAACGGGGGAUACCUGAACCCAGCAGACAUGUUCGCCCAAGUCAAUCGAGGAUUUCUUUAUUUUUGAAGCAGGGGACCAAGAGAUUUUGGGAGGCAUCGAAUACAGGUGAAGAGUCUGAGGGUACUAUGUGCGAUGAAAUGGAUGACGAACCACCCUCGAAACGAGUUGCGCAUAGGGAUUCCGACGAGAACGAGGACGAGGAUGAGGAUGAAAAUGAGGAUGAGGUCUUUUCAAAACAAAUUGCGCGUCACAAUUCCGAGUACGAAGAGAAAACCCAAAAGGGAAAGCCUGCAAGCAAAAAGAACGAUGAAAAAAUGGUCAUUUCGAGGUCGCCAAUGCUACCAGAAGAUUCCGAGGACGAGUUUGGAGAUUUCCCGCCCUUGUCAGAAAACGAUAUCUCAUUAUUAGACACUAGUUCUAUGCAUUCCACCCCAGUAAAUGCGAAUCUAGGUAGAGCCAGAUUUGCAGGUCUGACAAGACCCCCGUUUCACAACCCUACCACGUCAUUCAGUGAUGAGCAGGAGCUACCACGGAUGAAGAAUUUUGAAAGAGAGCAAAUGUCGCCCGAUGACGCAUUUGAAUUGGAAAAUAUGCUUGAUUCUCAAAUCCGUUCCGAAGCAGCAGAUGCAGCUUGCAAGUCAGAUAUUAAACAAGCAGUAUCAAUUGACAAAGAGAUCUGUAGAGAGGAACCAAAAGCGACAACUCCCACGUCAAACAGUCUUGUAAAGGAUUUCGCGGAGGAAAGAGAACUUCUUUGGCAUGCGCCUAUUCAUGGUAGACAUAUAUCAAUCUCUCAAUCCAUACAUACCAAACCACCAUUACAUCUUUCCAGGGGUUCAGUUACAGAAGUGACGCACGACAAGCAAAACAAUUCACAUUCACGCACAGUACCUCAUGAUUAUCUACAAGAUCCUCCAUCCAAUAUAAAUUGCGAUAUAGUUUCAGCACCAGGAACAAAUACACGCCUCAAUUCCUGGCCGUUGAAAAGGAACACACUCCCCGCGAAGAAAUCACUGAAUGUUGCUCCAGCUAUAUUGAAGACUGCUACUGUCAUUGCAUCUGAGGGUUCAGUGUCUCGAACAACAGGUUUAGGUCAGCAGGGCUCGCGAGAGGGAUCCGUUCACUCUCUUGUGCCCGAAGCUCAUCGUGUUAAACGAGAACCGGCUCAAAAAUCACCUGUUCAAGCCCCAACAUCCAAAUGUUAUAUACGCCCGGCACUCCAGGAAAAAUCUAUCAACAUGGGUCCCCCAACUCUUCCCCAGAAAAGCAAACUUGGAACGUCCCCUGUUGCUCCGGUCAAUAACAGGAAAACAACCGACGAUUAUAGUCUUCCACCUUCCACACAAGCAUUUCUUGAAUCUCAUCUUGAUGAUUUUUUUCCAAGUGCAACUCAAGAAGCUAGAGAACUAUGUGAAGAAUCCACUGUACCUCAGCUUUUCACAGGCUUAGAAGGAAAUUCUGCAUAUCAACGCCGCCAAGAAAAACAAGAUGUGAAGGAUAAUGCUUCUACAUCUGCUGAUGAUGAAUUUGUAGGCAUGCUAUCUACGCAGGAACUUAAGAUGUUUUCGCAGGAUUGGGAAAUUUCUGAUUCAACGCCCCAAAAAGGAAAUGAAAGCGAAAUUACCAUUGAUUUUCACGAAGAGAUAUCAGCAGGAAUAGAGGAUCUACAAAACAGUCUUUGUAGCCAAGAUUCCAUUUUCUCCGCUCAAGAACUCGCUGGACUGGAGAAUGUGUCAGAAGCCAAAUCACCGGUGGCAGAUCCCUCACAGCUACCACAAGAUCCAAUAUCUUUUCUUAGCCACCAUCAAAGCCGACCAGCAAGAUUGCAAAGUCAGUCAGCUGAACCAAGUACUCCACAAGCUGAUUCAAAUAUGGAACCCACGCCCAAACCAAAAAGAUCACCUUGGUUCAAGGAAAAACCGGAAGACAAGUUUACUAAAAAGAGAUUUUUCACCGAGAAACCGGAAGAUUUGGAGGCUGCUGCUUUAGCAGAGAGUAAGAAAGCAUGGGAUGAAAUCAAGGAGGCGACUUCAUCUAAUAUACAUAACUUUGAUGAUGACCUUGAGCCUGAAGUAGAUGGACAGCUUAAAGCUGCGCUUGCUGAAAGUAAAGAGUGGGAUGAGGUAUACAAAGCGGUUCUUCCCACACCCACACCGAGAAAGACUAGUGAUAAGGGCAGACGUGAGAUAGAUGUUGAGGAGGUAGAAUUUCAAACACCAUCACGAAUCAUAGCUAGGCAGAAGGAAGUGAGUGCUAUCACGAACGGGACACAACAGAAUAAAAGGGCAGCCAGUGUCACUAGUACCGAUUAUGGUGAUGGGGAGGUUUCCGAUUGGGAUGAGGUGUUGGACGGGCUUUGA